AUGGCGCGGUCGACGAACUCGAUCAUCCGCACCAUCGCGUGCCGCGUGGACAACCUCCUCGACCCGAUCGACGCCUACGAGGACUGCGACCGCCCGGAGCGCAUGCGCGACAUCCCGCGCGACGCGACGUCGCCGUCGUCGCGCGAGCCGCCCGAGGUCGUCCUCUACAAGGUCGACGAGCGGCACGGGCAGGGCGCGGCGGCGAGCGCGACCUACGAGGACGCCGUCGGCCCGAGCCCCUACCCGGCGUCGCCGCCGACGCGCGACCGGAGGGACGGCGACGAGACCUCGCUCGAGGUCUUCCUGAGGAUCCGGAACCUCGAGAGAUACGCGCCGGCGCUCUGCCAGAUCGGCGCGAAGACCAUCUCGGACCUCGCCUUCCUCACGCCCCAGGACCUCGAGACCAUCGGCAUCCAGCCCGAGGACAUCAACAACCUCACGAUCAAGUUCGUGCGAUGA